AUGGCGGCGACUCUCGAAUCUACCUCGAGCACAAGCUUAAACUCUUUCUCCCCUAUAUCUACUCUAGAGCGCCAAGGGCUACAGCCUUGGGGGCAGCGUUUAGUGGUUGCUGUCCAAGUGAAUUCUGCUUGUUGUGUGGAGGGAGGUGUGGAAUCGAUUUUGCGUCUAAAACAAGGAGACACCCUAUCAACCCAGUCACCUUCCCCUGCAGCAAACUUCGACGAAAAUCCAAGCGACGACUUCGAUGCGUUCGCAUUCUUGCAUGAGAUUGGAGAGAAAAAAGGGAAGGAAGAAGCAGCAUUGGCCAAUGAUACUGGUAACAAGCAGGGGUUUGGAGGUUUCUUCCGAAAGGUUGCAGCAUCAGCUUCUACAACCCUAGAAAGGCAGAUGCAGGGGCUUGCAGUACGAAUUGAUCAGGGAAGAAAUCCAGAUCUACUGCGAGUCGCGAUGUAUGAUCAGCAGACGAACGAACUGCUAGACGUAACCGAAGCUGUGCCAGUUCCAAGCGAAAGAAUUAACAUUCGAUUUGAGGUCCCGCUGACACUUCCUGCUGUUCUUCGGCAGCGACAAGUGCUUUUGAAAUUGUGGAUCCAAUCUGGCGCAGCGUUGCUACAGAGCACCAAGGCGGCAAAGAACUAUCUGAUCGCAAUGGCAAGUGUAGAUUGCUCAAAGAUUGCUCUUGGAGUCCAAAGGAUCCCUUUAACAUCGAAGCUCGUCGUUGGAGGGGAAUUAGAACUCUGUGCCAUGCCUGACCCAAAAUUCGCUUCGCCCGAUGGCGAUCGCAGUUGGAGUCUUACAGACCCGGACACGAAUGCUUACUCAAAAGGCCUGAACCAUUUACCACUAGAUAAAUCAUUCUGUUACAGAGGAAAUCAGCCAUCACAGUGGCUUCUGGCAACCGAAAGAGCCACUGAGUCAUCGGUGGUGCUCCCUGUUGCUGCAUGUGUGAUGGAUCUUGCUGCAAGAGCAAGUCUCAAGUCUCUUCAUCAUGCUCAAUCCGUUGCGAAAACUCUACGGGCCAAUCGACAUGAUUUCAAAGAUGUAUCGAAGAGCACUUGCUCAUUAGGAAUCGCUGGAGUAGUUACCAACACUACUUCAGCGCGAUUUGGGAACAUAUCAGUGAAUUGGCGUCGGCCGGACUCUAUGUUUGAACUCGAGCUUUUGGCCAAUGGCGUGAUUCCGAUAUCUGGUGAGGGUGAUCCCGCAACAUCGCCUCAACUUAAUAUUCAAUUUCAUCCAAAGCUUUGUACUGAGGAUAUAUUGCCCGGUGUUCUCAAUGCGUUCGGGGGCAAGAUCCCUCCCAGUGGAUAUCUGCUUGGAAGUCUUUUCUUCUCCUUAAGUGUCCAAUCAAAUGAGUAUGUUGAGAUUUGGGAAGCAUCAACCGCUAUUGAAAGCUACGUCAACAAUCAAAACACCUUCUUCAAGGUUCCGCUCGUGAAGAAUGGAGUUGCGAUGGGAAGUCUACUUCUCCAUCUCCAGGUGACAUUGCCUACAGAGAAACCCAAAUUUGCCAGUAUUCCGUCCAACGAUGGGUUGGUGUCACUUGUUGGACUUCAAAAUUUGGCAGAUGGAGUUAUUCCUCUGAUGGACGCGGACUCAAGUGCCGUACCAAAAAGUGGUUCUCUUCGCCACCAGCAAUUGGCAACUAUGGGAUAUUUCUUCACGGUGCAAUACAUAGAACAGCAUCUCAGUCUCCGUCAAUCUGCUACGGAAUCAUUCCAAGACAGAGCACGUGCUUACAAGCAAGCACUUAUACAACCAGAAAAUGUGCAUCCUCAUGAAGUUAGAUCGCCGAAAGCAUUUCGACCAAGCUCUAGUCGCCAAACCAGUCUCUUGAGUGCAAUUCCAUUCAAUGUGCACGUUUCUAAAUUGAACAUCACCGUUGUCGAUUCGUUGUCCACAGGAAGCACGUAUUCAGGCGCUUCCUUCCAUAAUAUUACUCACGGAGCACCCUCAGACCAUGCUCGAGGUUUUGGCAAUAUCCUUACUGGAAUCAGCAAUACCAAUGCAUCAGGAGGUUUGAGGAGAUUGGAGAAAAAACGGGUAGAGUGUGCUGAUGCACUCCAGAAGGCACAGAAUUUGUUGAUUGCAGCUGUUGGAAACUACCUCGCCAAUGCCCGGAAGACUAGCCAGGUUAACCACGUGCCUGCGAGACAUGCCGAGAUACAAGGGUUGAGAUGGAAAGUGUUCGAAUGUGUACACAAUCUACACCACGUCACUUGGAUGUGUGCAGUUCGUCGUGCCAAUGUAUUUUCUCAGUCACUUGGUCUUGCUGUGUCUAGUUACUUGACAAGCAUUAGCGACAAAGAAAAGUGUACUGCUGGUUGGCCUGAUGUCUGGCAACGACAUGGAUACUUGGUUUGCUUUGAGGGACUGCUAAGUGCUGCAGGUAAAGAACUUGGAAUGAUUGAAGAUGCGAGCGUUGCCAUUGCCAUGCUACGGAUGGUCAGAAUUGUCAUCAUGCCUGACUCUGGAAUCCCGAGCAAAGCAGUUGGCGUGCAAGGUUCCGGUCACCUCAAGUGGGUCCAUUUGUUUUCUUCUGGUCAAAGCUCUCACCGCCAGUACCUUUUGCAGGUUGGCGUAGAUCCGUCCUACUACCAGGACCGAAUUCCAGCUUGUUUGAAAAAUGGCACAGCCGUUCAACUGUAUCCACUACUCUUUCAGGUUGGUGUUGACAUUCGACAAUGGGGAGCACAUGCAGGUUCAAAUCUAAUGAAGAACGGAAAGCAAGAGAUCAGUAGUGGACUAGUCGAUGACGAAGAUGACGACAUCGGAGUGGUCGACGAUGAUGUCUUAGUUGCCUUGAACUUUGAGGCACUUCGGAAGAUGAAUGCAUAUGCACAUGCCAUCAACCCGCAGAAUAUUCUUCUCGACAAGAUACAGGAAACGAUGACUUUGGUUUUUGAACAGAAACACGGAGCUUCUGCUGCAAAUGAAGGCGAGCAAAUUCUACCAGUUCAUCCUUCUCUUUCGCUACUCCACUCGCACAUAAUGGGUUCAGCAGGAAAAAUGAACCAUGCAAUUCUUGACGAAGCUGCAACUCUGGCUCAGCAAAUGGGUGGUGGUGGCUUGGUGUUUUGUAAAUCUGGAAAGGAUAGAACUGCUAUGCAUGUGACCUAUAAGCAGGCCCAAUUUUCAAACCGAUAUCGAAAUCUGCACCAUGGAGAAGCAACACUCCAGGAUGCAACUUUAAUGAGGAUUUAUGGUGUCAGGUUGCCAAUUUGUGAGAAGAAUGUUGGACAGGCCAAGUUUGCAUUCAACGCAUUGCAAGGACAAUUGAGAGCUAAAAGAUUGCAGAGUACCUACGACAUUUGA